GCUUACAACAUGCCCUUGAUCGGGCGUGAGGCUUGUAGGCCGUUGCAGACAGUCCGCAAUGACUGUUAACGUGGAUCUCUCUACUCUCAAAAGAGUCAAGAACAGUGUCAUAGGAAAUCCAACGGCGAAGGCUGCAUACGCAAAGGAUGAGAACUUCAUCUUAAAACUGGUCGAAUGCAUAACCAACCCAUUACCUUACCUGGAGUCUUCUCAGGGCUCUCAAGACGACAUACGGAUAGAAGCUGCACAUGUUGUCUCGUCACUCUCAUAUGGUUCAACUGAUGCAUUGAAGAGUCUCCUUACUGCAAACGCACAUCAAGCAUUCGUCUAUGCCAUUUCUAACCUGCAACCCACUGAUCAGCCCGCGUUAAAGGCUGCUUUCGCUCGUGCGUUGAAAGCCCUUGGAUCAGCUCUCGCAGAUGUGGUCGGCCCUUCACAGAUGGGUAUUCAUGACUACCCUGUCGAUCUCCAAGAAGAUGCGCGCAAUGCGCUUGACUAUCUCUUUGAAGUUGAAGUACUUGACAUAUACCUGCCCCAUUUGGUGGAUUCGUCACAACAGACCGUGAUCUCUAUAGCGCAGCUCCUCGCUUCUGCCUUGCGAUCACAACCGUACCGUGCAGCCGUCUCCGAAUGGUUACCCCAAGCCGAGAGACACAAAGAAGUCAAGGGAAAGCGGGGCUGGGAGAAGACUGAUACUGCCAACCCUCUGGCCAGACAAGGUGGUUGGGUCGCUAAGGAGUUGGUUUCUUACCUCAACAAGAAAGACAGCAAGCUUCAAGAAGCUGCGUUGUCCGCUCUGGCUUCCUUAGCGAAGGAGAACCCUAGUGUCGCUUCGAAGUUGGCAAAGUCUGUCGACCAGCCUUCGCCACUGAACGUUAUCUUGUCAUUAUGCAAAUCGAGAUUGACCGAUUUACAGGUUGCUGCUUGCUUGUGUGCAACGAGUAUCAUCAGAUCUGGAAUACCCAGCUAUGUUUCAGCCGAACAACCUACAGCAAAAGCCGCAGCUAUGACGGUCAUCCACUCGAUGAACAAUCUCAUAUCGUCGGACUUGGACGUUCGAACUCGGACUAAAGCUUGUUUUGUUCUCUGUCAUUUGGUAUCAGACGACAAGGAUUUGUGCCAGCUUGCGUACGAACGUGGUUCGUUGAAUCAAUUGGCAGACCUCGUGAAGUCAAUCACACCAAGUGAGCCGAACGUACAAUGGGAUGAAGAUGAGCCUGAAAGUCAGGCAUGUCUUCGUGAGGCCGCGUUUACCACCAUCGCAUCGAUAGCUCUCUUUGACAACGACAUUCGCUGCGAGAUCACUGACAAUCUUCGUCUGAUCCCCUAUAUUCAGGCUUCUCUUACACAUCGUCAUGUCGGGGUUCGAUACUCUGCUUGUCAAUGUGCGCGCGCGUUAAGUCGUGCUGUUGCUGUAUUGAGAACCAAUAUUGUGGACACAGGAUUGGGGUUAGCGGUGUAUCGGAUAUUCUUGAAGGAAGAUGAGGACAAGAGGGUGACAUAUGCCGCCAGUGCGGUCGUUUGCAAUCUUGUGAAUGAUUUCUCGCCAUUACGGAGCACUUUACUUGAAAAAGGCGUGAUCCCGAGAUUAGUGCACCUGCUACAUUCUGGUGAUCCAGGCUUCCGAUUGAACGCUCUAUGGACGUUCAAGAAUCUACUCUACAAGAGCAGUACUGAAGUCAAACGGCAGGUCAUGGAAGGGUUAGGAUGGCAUGAGUUAUCCUGUCUCCUUAUGGACUCUGACCUGAGUGUUCAAGAACAAGCCUUUCAUGUCGUUCGGCACCUUGCAGAUGGAGAAGAAGGAAUUGAGAUGGUUUUCGUGGAGAUGGGUGAACAAGUGCUGCUUGGGUCGUUGAGUAUAGCAUUGGAGUCUGAAAACGAGAAUGUCGUUUGUCAGGUUAGCACGCUUGUUUUAUCUCGUAAAGCAUUGCUUAAUGCAUUCUUCCGUAGGCUGUCUGCGUGCUGGGCAACCUAGCAAAUAGCAUGGCCCGCCAAGACAGUAUCCUUACCCAUCCCCGAAUACUUUCAGCACUUCGCAACUGUCUCGUUGAUGCGAAAGUAGAAGUCCGAAGACCAGCUGCAUCGUGCAUCCUCGAACUCGUCCGGGCGAAUCCGCACAGCCGGGAACUAUAUGAAGCAGGAAUCGAUUCGACGCUCAGGCAUAUUUGUGAACAUUCGAGUGGGCUGAGUGGGAGCCCGACGACGAGGUUAGCUAUUGGAUUCCAGAUGGGUGCGGAGGAUGAUCGCGAGGUGAAGGAGAAGUGUCGGGAGGCGUUGCAGUGGCUUGAACACGGUAGCGAUAUGCUGUAGCUAUGCUGUAACAUGUGUACUAUGAUUUCAUGUUUGUAUCGUAAGCAACCCAAUUGUAUUUCUAUUGAGAGUGGUUCGAGUUGGGUUUCGAGU